AUGAAUCCUAACGCACCAUCAAAAGCAACCGCAGGUGGUGGUGCGAAUCAAACUCGAGGAGAUCAAACCGCAAGAUCGGUGGAUAGCAGAAAACAUCGUUUGGCGCCAAUCUGGCCGGAGUGGAAUGACGCCGAUGUGAAUGCUGAAUCGUGGGAAGUUGGAAGUGGAAAAAAGAAAGAAACAGGAGCCAAUCGAGCACGUGUUGAUACAAAAUCAGCGAGCGUAGGAGGUACCCACGGAUUCGAAGAUCCGGAAGGCAAAAUCGAAUUACCAUCAACAUUAAAAGCUGAUCAAUGGAAAAGACCAGUGGAUUUUCUCCCACCUGAACGACCACCAGUGAUUGUUGAUGUCGAUCAAGGCAUGCAAAACUUUGAUUUAGUCACACCAAACGAACAUUUACAUUUCAAUGAUACUAUGCGCAACAUUAUCAGUCAGAUCACUGCUCUAUGGGAUAUUUGUCGACGGGAACGAAAAUCUACCGGUGGACCAGACAAUGUACCGGAACAAAACGCAGCUGUUUUAAGCGGUCGAACUUGGCGUCCUUGGGAACAUAUCUAUGCUUUAAACAAAGUAUCGAGACAACCAUUCGUUACACCCUACAAUCCAGCAGGCAAAUAUGUCAUUCGACUCUUCUUUCUGGGCACCUGGCGAAAACUUGUCGUUGAUGAUACAAUUCCGUUUGAUUCAAAAAACCGAUGUCUUCUACCACAAACAUCUCUAUCACAUGAACUAUGGCCAUUGCUUUUAUCGAAAGCUCUACUAAAAAUCAUAUCUCUCGAUUAUCGUUCACCGAUUAGCAAUCCUCCGUCGAAUGAAACAAGUAUUAUUCAUACAUUCACUGGAUGGUUACCUGAACCGAUUCCGUUAAAAUAUACUCACGCUGAGAAAGUGUGGGAUUUUCUUCGUAAUAAUCGUUCGAAUAAACUCGUAACAGAAAAUGAAACGAACAAAUCUGACCACCCGCCCACUAGUCCAUUGCCAACAUAUGGUCCCGUGCCGCUAUACAAGUGGCCCGAACCAAAAACUGAAAUAACAGAAGAAGCGCCAUCGUCACAAUCCAAUGAACAACCAGGUCAUCAGGAUGACACUGCCACAGAAACUUUAACGAAGAAAUCCGACGAAAAAAGUACGAAAAAAGGAGGCGCACCAGUUGGUUUAACUGUACCAAAAGAUCCGGCAACGAAAACAACUGUAGGAAAAGAAAAUCGAACAGGUAAAGAUUCGAAACGACUCGGCGGUGCUGGUCGAGGUGGUACAACCGACGAUUCGGGUUCAAUUAUCGACGAUCAAACAAUACCCGAAGCACCGAAAAUGAUCGUUUUCGCGAAUAUACCUCAAUCGCCAUCAGCGCGUAUCAGUGCCUACGGUGAAGUAGCCGAUCGUAGUGAAAAAUUGAGACGUUAUAAUUUGAACGAUACUUUUUCGACAACAAUGUUAUUAACAACCAUUCGAGAUAUUCCAUUAGAUCCACCACCACCACCUGAAUACAUACCACCAUGGAAACUGAUCCGGCCGAAGAAGCCCAAAGUUUUGCCACAUGCUGAACCGUUUACACCUCAUGAGCCCAAACCAGAUCGAUGGAUUGAAAUUACUUCUCCGUAUAUAAACUAUCCUUCUCCAAGUGCUUUAAACAUAAGACCGACGAUUCGAUUGCAUAUGAUUGAUAGUUGCAUUACGAACAUCCAUACGCCUCCUCAUGGCACAACGUCACGAUUGAGUCAUUCAGCAACGCAUUCGACAGUCGUUGAUGUACCUGAUAUAAUUGAGGUUGAUGAAGAUGAAGAUGGUGCGCACGUGGAAUCGAGAGUAGAUUACGAUAUUGACCAAGGAGAUGCGCAUAAAAAAGAAGAAACCAUUUCACCGUCGAAAGAGAUACCAACCACUGAUACACCAGAUAUCAUGGACGAAUCCCUGCGUAGUGCAGGUGGUAAACUUCGAAGAGAAAGAUCUGCUGAUAAAAAUAAAAAUAAUCGAAAAUUGACAAGUAGUAAAAUUGAAGUACCAUCGGCGAAAGCACCGUCUGAUGCUGUGUCCGUAAAGAGCAGAGCCGGUGAGAGUGAACCAACUGGAACACAAGUCGAUGCACCUGGAACAGGAACUGCGACCAAUCCUGAACAACAAGAUUCGCAGUCGAAAACGAAUGAUGCGAAUUCCGGUCCAAAGAUGGCUCAACCGAUGAAAAAGACAUAUACAACACCAAAAAUCUGGAUGGAUUUCGAUGAUUUCUGUUCUUGCUUUACAUCAAUUGUCGUUUAUCAUAAUCCUCGCGGUUAUCAAUAUUCUCAUAAACAUACCGAAUUGAAGUAUCUUGCAGCUCAUCAGCCGGCAGUUACUUCUGUAACAAAAGAAAAGAAGAAAGAUCCAAAUCCACCCGCGUCUCAACAAAUACCCAAUCUUCAAGAUGAAAAAUCACCACUAUAUUUAUUCGUCGAUAGUACACGUGAAUCAUUAGGCAAAAACAUAGAAUUAAUCGUCGGUUUGACAUCAUUAUCACGUUGGCAUGAUUCUGGUCAACCUGAUGCAACGGGUCCCACUGCGCCAGGUAUACCGACAAUACCGGAAAAAGGUGGACGUAAUACAGGUUUAUCAACGGAUCGAGGGCCAACCGAACUUAGUCCAGCACGUGGUAAACAUCGGCAAAGUGUUUUCGAAACACCUCAAACACCAGCUCCUCAUGUUCUCGCACAUGAUCCAAAUCCACCUGACAAUAAUCCUACACCGCAGAAAGAUAGUGUUUCCCAACCAGGUUUACUUAUUGCAGAAAUCCAUUCAUGGAAAUCAGUCUCGAUGGGUCAACCGAUUCUUCGUCUGCAUACAACAGCAACAAAGGCCGCUUUACUUACACUACCACCUGGACGACAUGUACUGAAAUUCACUGUAACAUGCCCGUUAGCUUCUCAUCUGCAAAUCAUGUCUGAUACGCAUGAUUUUACAUUCGGAGACGAAGAUCAGUUAUUGUCAAAAGUUGUUUCUGUGCCUGAAGAUGCAGAGUUUAUCGCACGCGCAGAAGAAUUACUUUACGCUCUUGAUGAAUCUAUUCAAAAUUUCAAUGACAUGGAUCAACAGGAUGGCAAACUCAAUGAACUGUUUCGUACAUACUGUCAAUACGCACCGGAAUCAGCAAAUUUAACUAUUCAGAAAUGUUGGAGAGCGUUCAGCGACGCAAUCUACGCUACCCUACGCACACUUCUGCAUAGUGCUGGACAAGCAUUGAACACGGAGACUCAAUAUGCUUGGCGAUGCUUUACGAAUGAUCUGGCAACACCAGACAUUAUGGGUGCUUACGAAACACGGCAACAUAACAUUAAUAUUACCAGAAGUUCUGCUCGACCGUCAAAUGUAGCUCUACCGGGAAAUCCUAUGCCGACUGGAGCGUCAACCGCAGGAAAGAAAGGAGGUGGAAAAGACAAAGGGGGUGCCGAUGACAAAGCAGCUGGUAAACAACAAACAGCACUAACUGCAUCGUUGUCAGCAACCGAAAUGCAAGAAGAACCUAUUUCGGAAUGGCUAACCCGAGAGUUAUCAGCCACCGAAAUGGAUGCGAUUAUUAAUAUUCAGAAAAGUGCGCGAGGAUAUUUACAACGACGAAUAUUGAAUGCUCGCACACCAGGUACAGAAAGAAAUCUACUUAUACAACGAGCAUUACAAUCCACAAUGACAGCCUUAAAAAAUGAUGCGACGAAAUCAGCUAUUGUUCUGUUUCGGAAUCUACUGAGUAUCAAACCAGAAUUGAUACAAUGCUUUGCAUUUCGUAAUGAUGAUUGGAAUAUGGUAACUUAUCGAGAUUACCAUGGACAACAUCAAGAACAGCCGGCGAAUACUUGGUUUACACUCUUUCGAGAAAUAUUCUAUGCUACUGAAUCUAGUUUUGUUGCUGCUAGACUUCUUGCUCAUGCACAAAACUCGGUUCUUCGCGUGAUCAACAAUGAUACAUACCAGGAAAUGUCUCUCAUAUUUAAUCGACUAGCUCCAGCAACCUUUACAAAAAAUAAACUUGGUUACACAUUUUUUGCUGAAGGAGUCACAUUGGAUCAACCGUUAGUCAACAACCGUUAUCGUCUUCGUUUAUUAACAUCAUAUGCACAUUUACCAGAGCCACGUAGCGACCAGUUGACAUCGGCAUUUGUGACCAAAGAAAGUAAAGGAUAUUAUGUUCCAAACAAAGAUCAAAUUAUAUGCAGAUAUCGGGUGAUUGUUGGUGAAGAUAUUAAUCAAACUGGUCGUAAUUUUCAUUUGGCCAGUAUUCAAUUUAGUACAUCGAAAUCUGAUGUCUUAAUGCGCUUAACUGUCUUAGAUGGUAAAGAAGAAAUGGUUCGUGUUGAAGGCAAAGGCAGUAUCGUUUUACCCGCUGUGUUAUUCUUACGCGAUGUUACGAAUACGGUAAACACUGCAGUACAAGCACCAUCGCUACCAAUGCCUCAAAUCUCGACGCCAACAACAGCAACAACAACGGCACCCGCGCCAUCGAGACCAGCAUCAAAAACUGGAGGCAAGAAAGAUGGUAAGGGAGCAGGCGGAGCACGAGGUAGUAUUAGUGAGGCAACUCCACCACCGACGGCUGCUCGACCUGAAAAAGAAAAAAUUGGAAGCGGAAAACGAAGUCGGUCAAGCAGUCGAGCAGGCGUUGUAACAGAAGAAGAGGAAAAGAUUCAUAAGUAUAUCAUUCAAGUCACACUACUUCGUAAGUCAUGGCCAUUAACAGCAACACAGUGGCAGUUCGUCGAACAACUCAAAGAACAAGAAAAGAAUGAUUUAAAAGUCUUCAAACAGCCAACAGCAGCCAAACCAGAUGGAGCUGCAGCUGGAGCUGCUGGUACAACAGGUGCAAAUACCAAACGAGCAGGUCAGACAGGUACGGGUGCUGCAGCAGCGGGUAAAGGAAAAGGCGUUGCAGCUGCUGCCGGUGCAGGUAAAGGUAGUACGGGUACAUCCGGUCGACCAGGAACAGGAAAAGGCACGACUGAAAAGCCAAUUGACAGCACGAAAGCACAUUGGAUAUUACGUGUUGUUUGCGAUGCUGAUAAAUCUGACGAAUUAACUAUUAAGAAGGAUAAUGAACGAAAUGAUGAAUUGAUCAACACUAAAAAAGCCUGGGAAACAUUAGAGGCCGGUCGUGCUCAAAAAGCAAUGCAAACACGACAAAAAUUUCUCGAUUCUCUACAACCAAAAGCCGAAGAAAGACCUUUAUCUGCGGCAACAGACGGUACAACAAAACCACUUGAAGCGCAACCCGAUGACAAAACAGUUGCUACGACUACUACUGCAGCUGCUGCUGCUGCACCUUCUACAGUUCCACCACCUGCUGAACAACAGCCUGUUACCAAACAGCCUCCUGCUACGACAACAAAGAAGGGUGCAUCUUCAACUGGAACUAAGAAAGGCGCUGCGAAAGAUGAAGCAGCUAAACAAGCCGAAUUAGCAGCCGCUGCAGCACAACAAGAAGCUAUGCCAGUACUUCCUCCAUUGCCGGCAGUCGAUGAACCUCUUCUUGACCAACCACCAAUAACAAAACCGAAAAUCAUCUUACCACCAUUGGAUAUUAAACCUUUCACAAAACAAAAGCUAUCAGGCGAUGAGGCCGUCGUAGUCGAUCCAUUAUUUGAACAGGAAGAGCUACGACGUCGUCAAGCUGAAUUUCUCGAAUACGCGAAAUAUGCUGAUGAAAUACGUCAAUUCCGUACUGAAGAUCAAAACAAUCGUUAUAAAGAAAAAAUCCGUCAACUGGAAGAGUACGUUGAUUUACAAGGCAAAAUCGAUCAAUUUCGUCGCACAGUUAACGAACCACGUGAAGCAUUUCGACAACGUUUUCUUGAAGUUGAACGCAAACGUCUAGCUGAGUUAGCUGCUAAAGAACAAGAACUGAUAGCUGCAGCUGAAAAGAAUAAACCACCACCGACAGACAAAGGCAAAAAAGGUAAAGGAAAAGGUUCAGCCGGAGCGAAAGGCAAGAAAUGA